AUGCCGUCUACAUUGAACAUUGCGCAAUUGAAUGACAAUCCCUCCUCUCGGAUCAUUAUCGUUGGAGGCGGCAUCGUCGGCGCAGCCCUCGCAUUCCAUCUUUCCAAGCCCAAAAGUGAAAAGCAUAUUAUACUCAUCGACAAAAGCCUAGAAACACUAGUGGGCUCUACCGGCCACGCUCCAGGAUUCGUUGGUCAACUCAAUGAGUCGCCGGUCUUGACUCAGUUGGCCAAAGAUACUGUCCAGGACUACCUCACAAUUCCAGGUGGCUUUGAAACAGUCGGCGGCUUGGAACUUUCCUCUGCGCCUUCUGGGUUAGAGCUCUUAGAGCACCGACAGAAAACAGCACAAGGGGCUGGUCUACCUGCGGAGCUUCUCACUCCGGAAGCAGCCGCUUCUCUUGCCCCAGACUUUAUCGAUGCCAACUCGAUUAAGCACUGUCUGCAUUUCCCAUCAGAUGGAACCGCAAAUGCAGGCGUCAUUACUUCCUACUAUGUGGACCAAGCUCGCGCCAGAGGAGUGGAUUUCUUGGAAGCCACCGUCACAGGCUUUGUGACCAAGAAGGACAGCGAAACAUCGAAGAUGACGACUAUUCAGACCGCUAAUGGAGAUAUCAACUCGGAAGGCAGUACUGUGAUUCUCGCUACUGGCAUUUGGACAUCUUCCCUGGUUUCCAGCAGCAACACCCCUGUUACGCAACUUCCCAUUCCUAUUGUCCCCGUUGCACACCCUUACACGUUUACUCCGACUCGGGCUAGACGUGUCGGUCCCUCGUAUCCAUUCGUUCGCUGGCUGGACCACCACGUCUAUGCAAGGGACCAUGGAGAUCGUGAUGGCCUAGGCAGUUAUGACCAUCCCCCGAUGCAACUUGAUCCCAUUGAAAGCGCCAUUGGAGCUUGGCCAUCAAGCUUCGAUAAAGUGCUGUCGGACGCUGCUUCGCACCUGAAAAACAAGACUGAGUUCCAAGUCCAGGGACAGAACGCAAAUCCAGAAGAGCCUUGGGUUGCGGACAAGCCAUUCAAUGGUAUCUUUUCUGUCACACCUGACAACUUGCCCUUUGCUGGUCGAGUUCCUGAUGUUGAAAAUCUGUGGCUUGCUGCAGCCAUUUGGGUUACUACUGCUGCUGGUACUGCUAAGCUAUUGGCAAGAGAGAUUCUUGGCGAUGGUGAACUUUCGACAACUUCAGAAGACAAGGCUCUCCUGGAUGCCCUGAAUCCUGCACGCUUCCAAGGCGCUGAGGCCGAUUUGCUUCUACGACAAUCUUUGUCGAAAUAUAACGAUAUCUAUAACCGUGAGUCCUAG